CACCUCCCCUCGACCAUGGGGCUCUCCCCGGUGCCGCUCGCGUCCCUCCUCCUCUUCCUGCUCCAGGCGCAGGUUCACUGGCUGCCGUGCGCGGCCUCCGGUUUGUUCCAGGAGGGCUUCACGGAGGCUGAAGUGACCGUGGAGGCGGGAGGCGCGGAGUUGGAGGCAGGCCAGGCGCACGGGAGAGACAAGUUCAUGGGAGACCGUGGACAAAAGUCAGCCCUGCUUAGCACUGAAGAUUCUACUGUGCUGAAUGAUGAAAUGGUCCAGGAGAGGAACACAUUGAAGAUCUCUUCAUCCAAACGUAUCUUACGAAGACGCAAGAGAGAAUGGGUGGUCCCACCAAUCUCUGUCUCUGAGAAUGGCAAAGGCCCCUACCCACUGAAGCUGACUCAGCUCAAAUCUAGUAAGGAUAGUGGCACCAGAAUUUUCUAUAGCAUCACUGGCCCUGGAGCAGAUAGCCCUCCUGAGGGCUUCUUCUCCAUAGAGAAGGAAACAGGUUGGCUGCUGCUGAAUAAGCCACUGGACCGGGAGAAGACUGCCAAGUAUGAGCUCCUUGGCCAUGCUGUGUCAGAGAACGGGGCCUCAGUGGAAGAUCCUAUGAAUAUCUCCAUCAUUGUGACAGAUCAGAAUGACAACAAGCCCAAGUUCACCCAGGAUGUCUUCAGAGGGAGCGUUUUGGAGGGGAUGUUACCUGGCACUUCUGUGAUGCAGGUGACAGCCACGGAUGAGGACGAUGACAUCAGCACCUACAAUGGGGUGAUAGCUUACUCCAUCCAUAGCCAGGAUCCAAAGGACCCACACGACCUCAUGUUCACUAUCCACCGGAGGACAGGCACCAUCAGCAUUGUCUCCAGCGGCCUGGACCGGGAGAGGAUCCCUGAGUACAAACUGACCGUCCAGGCUACAGACAUGGACGGAGAUGGCUCCACCACCACAGCAGUGGCCAUAGUGGAAAUCCUUGAUGCCAAUGACAAUCCUCCCAUAUUUGACCCCCAAAAGUAUGAAGCUCAUGUGCCUGAGAACGCAGUGGGCUACGAGGUGCUGAGGCUGUCAGUGACUGAUCUGGACCUACCCAACUCACCGGCGUGGCAUGCCACCUACCACAUUGUGGGGGGUGAUGAUGGGGACCAUUUCACCAUCACCACCCACCCUGAGAGCAACCAGGGCAUCUUGACAACCAAGAAGGGCUUAGAUUUUGAGGCCAAAAGCCGGUACACCCUGUCCAUCAAAGUCACCAAUGAAGUUCCGUUUGUGGUGAAACUCCCAACCUCCACAGCCAUGGCUGUGGUCAUUGUGGAUGAUGUGAAUGAGCCUCCUGUGUUCGUCCCGCCCUCCAAAGUCAUCGAGGUCCAGGAGCACAUCGAUGUUGGGGAGCCUGUCUGUACCUACUCUGCUCAGGACCCUGACAGGGGCAAUCAGAAGAUCAGCUACCACAUCCUGAAAGACCCAGCUGAGUGGCUGAUGAUGGACCCAGACAGUGGGCAGGUCAUAGUUGCAGGGGUUUUGGACAGGGAGGAUGAGCAGUUUGUGAGGAACAACGUCUAUGAAGUUAUGGUGUUGGCCACAGACGAUGGGAACCCUCCAACCACCGGCACGGGGACCCUCCUCUUAACACUUACCGACAUCAACGACCAUGCCCCAGUCCCUGAGCCCCAGCAUAUCACCAUCUGCAACCAAAACCCAGUGUCUCAAGUGCUGAACAUCACAGACAAGGACCUGCCACCACACACCUCUCCCUUCCAGGCCCAGCUCAUACUUGACUCGGAUGUCUACUGGACAGCAGAGGUCAACGAGAAAGGAGAUGCAGUAGCCUUAUCCCUGAAGAAGUUUUUGAAGCAAGACACAUAUGAAGUAUACCUCUCUGUGUCUGACCACGGUAACAAGGAGCAGAUGACGGUGAUCAAGGCCACUGUGUGUGACUGCCAUGGCCACGUGGAGACCUGCCCUGAGCGCUGGAAGGGUGGCUUCCUGUUCCCCAUCGUGGGGGCUGUCCUGGCUCUGAUGCUCCUCCUCCUGGUGCUUCUCUUGUUGGUGAGAAAGAAGCGAAAGGUCAAGGAGCCCCUUCUGCUCCCAGAAGAUGACACCCGUGACAAUGUCUUCUACUAUGGCGAAGAGGGAGGCGGUGAGGAGGACCAGGACUAUGACAUUACCCAACUCCACCGUGGUCUGGAGUCCCGGCCUGAAGUAAUUCUCCGUAAUGAUGUGGCACCAACCUUCAUCUCCACACCCAUGUACCGUCCUCGCCCGGCCAACCCAGAUGAGAUUGGCAACUUCAUCAGUGAGAACCUGAAGGCAGCUAACACUGACCCCACGGCCCCACCCUACGACUCGCUGUUGGUGUUUGACUAUGAGGGUAAUGGCUCCGAUGCUGCCUCCCUAAGCUCGCUCACCUCCUCGGCCUCUGACCAGGACCAAGACUACGACUACCUGAAUGAGUGGGGCAGCCGCUUCAAGAAGCUAGCUGACAUGUAUGGUGGGGGCCAGGAUGACUAGGCCACAGUUAAGUCUUUAAGGGGUCCCCACCUCAGCCAUGGAUUCUGGACCUUGUCAAGAAAUGGCCUUCUUGCCUGGGAGAAGAGAAAUUUGGAGCCUGACAGUGGGGCCUGGUUUCUAGGCCUUUAGAAUGGAGGGGCACAAGCACAUGGAGUUCAACCUGAAAACUUCUCAGCAAGGGCAGGGCUGCACUGGAGCCGAAUUUCUGAGGCUGUCACUGGUCAUAAAAUGAAGUUCAUCAGCCCUGUGUCCUGAGCGUGGACCACUUCUGGCCUCUACCCCAAGAUGACCUCCACUUUCUAGAAUGGGCCAAGGCCUUAUGACUACCUGAUUUUUUUUUACCCCCCCCAAAAAACAAACAAACAAAAAAACAAGGCAUGUCCUUAGCCCUGAGGCCCUUAUUCAAAUGAACUACUGCGUUUUUUAUAUUGAGCGCAUCUAGGCUGACCUUUAUUUUUUAUUUUCCCUGUCAGGUUGUAGAUGAAGGGUGAUGACAAUUGUAUAAAUGUACUAGAAGUUUUUUAUUAAAGGCACUUUUCCCAGA